CAUGCAUCUUUCUGUUACUGGAAAUGGAUCUCUGUGUGCUGUAUCUUCUCCUCUUUCUGAUGGGUAGAAAUGGAUUGUGUCAACAAGAGGAAGUUUGCACAAAGUCACUGGUCAACUCCUGUGGGGACUGUAUCAGAUCUGGACCAUACUGUGUGUGGUGCCAACAGCUGAAUUUCACUAAACCAGGUGAGCAGGAAGCAGUUCGCUGUGACACCCAAGCUCGGUUGAUAGAGAGAGGCUGCCAGACGGAAGAAAUCAUCUCCCCAAGGAACGAUGUAAGCGUUGUCAAGGCCGAUCCUCUGUCCGACGCCUUCAACCAGAAGGAGCCUGUCCAGCUGAGUCCACAGAAGAUUAAUCUGGAACUGCGACCUGGACUUCCUUCGAAAUUCACUGUUUCUUUUAAAAGAGUUGAGGGUUAUCCAGUUGAUCUCUACUACCUGAUGGACCUGUCUUACUCCAUGAAAGACGACUUGGAAAAUGUCAAAGAACUGGGACAAGAUCUGUUUGUAGCUCUGAGUAAAAUCACUCAAUUUGCCCAAAUAGGGUUUGGUGCCUUUGUUGAUAAGACGGUCCUUCCUUACACUAACACCAACAAGGAGAAACUGCAGAAGCCAUGUGAUGAGAACGACAACUAUUGCCAGGCUGCCUUUGGCUAUAGACAUGUGCUCAGUAUGACACCAAAGAGAGAGGAGUUCAGAGACGAAGUGACAAAGCAGUUCAUUUCUGGGAACUUGGACUCCCCAGAAGGGAGUCUUGAUGCCAUGAUGCAGGCUGUCGUAUGUGGGGACAAAAUUGGCUGGAGGAACAGCAGCACUCGGCUGAUUGUGCUGACCACUGAUGCUGGAUUUCACAUGGCAGGGGAUGGAAAGUUAGCUGGCAUACUGGAACCCAAUGAUGAACAGUGCCAUAUGGAAAACAACCUUUAUACCAAGAGCAUUGAUAUGGACUACCCAUCUGUUGGACAACUAGCCAUGCAACUGGAGAAAAACAACAUUCAGCCGAUAUUUGCAGUCACAAAAAAUGUUGAGAAUGUGUACAAGGAACUCUCUAAAAUGAUCCCAAAAUCAGAAGUGGGAGUUCUGUCAGCAGAUUCUAAAAAUGUUGUUGGACUGAUUGAGAGUGCGUACAAUAGGUUGUCCUCCAAAGUGACUUUGACCCAUGACAAUCUCCCUGAAAAUGUGAGAGUUGUCUACACCCCUAAAUGCAACCAUGCACAACAAUCAGGAGACAGCGAAGGGGUUUGUGACAAUGUGAAAGUGGGAGAGGAGAUUUCCUUUGAUGUCGAGGUGACAGCGAAGUCGUGCAUGGAGGGGAAGACUUUCACUAUCCGACCACUGGGCAUUAGAGACACACUGACAGUGACCUUAUCUACAAAUUGCAAGUGUCCCUGUGACGACCCAAACAAGAUUGACAAGAUUGACCACCCACACUGCAAGGGCAAGGGAAAAGUCCACUGUGGUAUUUGCAGCUGCAAUGAAGGCUUCAUCGGUCAGUUCUGUGAGUGCGCCAUUGGUGAUAAAGACGAGCGUACCCUGCGAGCAUCCUGUCAGAGGCCCAAUGGCACCGAGUGUGAGGGUCGAGGGGACUGUGUGUGUGGCAGGUGCAUUUGCCACACCACGGAGAGUGGAAACAGUUACCAUGGUAACUUAUGCGAGUGUGACGAUGAACACUGCGAGAAGUUCGAGAAUCAACUAUGCGGAGGACAUGGUAGAUGCAACUGUGGCACAUGUGAAUGCGAUCCAGGCUACGAGGGCUCAGCCUGCCAGUGCAAGGUGUCAAAGGAGCUCUGUCUUACCCCCAACAACACUGUGUGCUAUGGCAGAGGGAGAUGCGAGUGUAACCGCUGUUUGUGUAAGGAGGGAUACCAGCAUCCACGAUGCCAGAAAUGCCUUGGCUGCCCUGAUGCUUGUCAGACCAAACAGAACUGCAUUGAAUGUCUUGGCUUUGAAUUAGGUCCCUUUAAAAAAAACUGCAGUUUGCAAUGCAGCAAGAGCAUUUAUCAUGAGAUGGUCGACCAGUUGCCCGAACAAAGCAAGAAGUGCCGUCAAAAGGACCCGGAGAACUGCUGGAUUACAUUUGUUCUAGAACAAUUGGUCGGAGAGGAUAACUACAAGGCUGAAAUUCUGAAACAGAGGGACUGCCCCGAACCACCCAACGUCGUAGCUAUCAUCGCAGGCUCCGUUGCAUCUGUGAUUCUCAUUGGCCUCCUGCUGCUGAUGCUACUCAAGCUGCUUUUCUACAUGAAGGACCUGAAAGAGUUCAAGAAAUUUGAAAAUGAAAAGAAGAAAUCCAAGUGGGCAGAGGCUGACAACCCACUGUUCCAGGACGCCACCACCACUGUGCAGAACCCAACCUUCACUGGAGAAUAACGACUGUAGCCACUGUAGCACAGCUCUCAAACAGCAACACACUUGCAGUUUGAUUGGAGAGUAUAAUUUCUAAUGCUAUUUGCAAAUAUCAACAUUGAAAUGUAUUUACUGGCAUUCAUGUUUCCUUGCUUACGUUGUUAAUGUGCUAAUGAAAUUACUGCCAUUUAUGGCUGCGUUGUAUUAUAUUUGCUUAUUAUAUUUGUUAUUUACUUAUGUCAAAAAUUAUGCUUAUUUGAAUGUAAUAUUUAAAUGUGAUAUAUUGUCAUGUAGUACAGCACAUUAGGACAUGCUCGUAGUGAUUCCUAAGAUGAUUCCUCCUAAAUGUAGGCUGGAAAAGCUAAGGAUCAGAACAUUUAAAAUAUUUUACAAUUUGUUGAUUAAAUGUCAUUUAGGUUAAGCAAGAUUUAAAGCUGCAAUAACUGUCGUUUUUAAAAUGAACAUCCGUCCCUCUGGACCAUAUAACAGUCAUUAGACCCUUCUGAAUCCUCCGCACCGAGUAUGAACUCUGACUUUCCUGAAGUUGCUAUAAGCUCCUUCCCCGCUUGAUGCUGUCAUUCAGUUCUUCCUCUAUUAAUUGUUCUCACCACAGGAAGGGGCUAGAAAAAAGUAAGAGCUAAAAAAAAAUCAGGUAACACUUUACAAUAACCAUCAUUUAUUAAUGGUAAACAGAUAGUUUAUUAAAGUUUAAUCAUCAUUUAUAAACCGUAUAUAGACCAUUUAGAAUGGUAAAUACAUAAUUUAUUAAUGUUUAACUAACUAAACCAUUUAUAAAUGGCAAACAGAUGGUAUAUUAAUGUUCGUUUAUAGUUAAUUUACCAUUAACAAACCAAUAAAUUAUAAUUAAGUUUAUUAAUAGUUUAUAGUUACACUCAUAACAUUUUUAACACCAUAUUAAGUAUAUUAAUGAUUUUGAAAUGAUUCAUAUACCGUUAAGAAAUUAGUUUAAAACAUUUAAAGAUUAAAUAUGUAUAGAACUUUGUAAAUGGUUAAUAUUUGAUCUAUAAACCAUCUAAAAACAUUACUUAGUUGGUUAUUGUAAAGUGUUACCAAAAAUCAUAUGUGGCAAGCCAAAUUUAAUUUGUCACAGAAUCUGUGUAUUCAUCUUUCAUACUUGACAUAUUGCAUCAAGUCCGUCUGUUCGUGUGUUUUGACUUUUAAAAGUCAAAGUAAGUGACAUGAAGGCAGAUUGUUGACAUGAUGUCUUUUAUCUCAAUGCUGGUGAAGCAAAGUUCCAAACAAACUUGAUAUACAGUAUUAGUAUUCUGGAGUUUUGAUACACAAUUUAAAAUCACACAGAUAUGUAAAUUAGAGGAUUCCCUGGCUGCAUUGAUGCAUUUUUCAUGCAAUUGAUGUGUAAGAAUAACAGUUAAAUCAAGAUGUUCCUUACUUACUCUUUCUCUUAAAUGUUGUAGCAAAUGCUUUUAAAAAAAACAUAUAUUUCUUAACAUUGAAAGGUGUUAGUUGGAUAUAAAGAAAUGAAUGGAAGCUUAAUAAAGUACCCUGUACAUAA